UUAUUUUUGGCGGACUUGUGGUUUGUAUGUUAGAUAAUUCAUUCAACUAAACCAUUUCUAGAUAGUUUUUCCAUUUGUUCUUUAACUGUUAUUAGUAAUGUGCUGAUCAAACAAAAAAAAAAAAAAAACUGUUAGUAGUAACGUGUAUCCUUCAAAUGACAAGAAUAUGUUCUUUUGACAGAUGUAUUCAGCCUUACCAGUACCCUACUUGUUUUAUGUUUUUCCAUACUGUCACCUGCGUUUGUAGUUUGUAUUUCUUCAUGGUAUUCCCAAGGUUAAAACAAAAAAAAUAGUAGACGAAGCUUGGUCAUUUGCUGACUUUGGCUCAAGUUGGCUCAGGAUCAGUGUGUUUAGUUUCUGUAAUUGAUAGCGUGGAGUGAAACAGCUAUUUGGGGACGGUUGAGGUUAGAUGCUAUGCAAAUGGUAGUAUGUGACUCUCUGGACAUUUACUUGCCUUUGGUUGUGUAUACUUUUGUUAGAACUAGUUGAUAGAACAGUAAAGCUAACAUGCAAGUGGAGUGGUAGCCUAGUGGUGCCUCUCAUGCAUUUGACUGGGGUUCAAACCUCACUAACUACAACUAACAAUACUGACUUUCGCAUAGAGAAAAAACAAAAAAACAAGUAAUGCUAGCAUGGUGAGUUUGAAGAUGAUGUUGAUGAUAUAGAAGGGGUUUGGCAUUGGAUACAUACCUUUUUUACUUUUUUCUUUUUUGAUCAUCAUUGGAUACAUUCUUGCCUAACUGGUUUAUUUGCUUGUUAUUUGCUGUCCCACGGAUCGGAUAGUGAAAUCCUAGAGCACGAGCUGGACAAUGUCUUCAAAUGUACACAUUGGAAGGAAGAAGCUGAAUCACACUUCCUGUAUAGUUGGAACAGAGAGUCGAACAGUCUUUCUAUCACCAAGGGUUUGUGAAAUGGAGAACGACAAUGUGGAAGAGUUGGAUGUUGAAGGCCUCUCUAUAACGUUGCCUGAUGAUAUAAACGAAGCUGGAAAGCAAUUCAGUAUAGAAAAGCCAGGUGCAGAUCAAGAUAUUCUGGAGGAAAUUGAAAUCAUUGAGGAGCCUCAAAUUGUUGAUUUCGAGCACCUUGUAGAGCUAACAAAUUACAGUGAGAAGGGAUCCUCCCAGUUAGCUUACCUUGUAAAGAACUGGGAUUAUAGACAGGCUAAUGCUGUGCGACUUCUGAGAAAAGAGCUUGACAACCUGAGCAAACAAAAGCAGGAAGUUGAGCUCAAGCACUUGGAGAUUUUGGUGGAACAUCGUUUUGAGAAGAAAAGUAGUUAUGCUAGUGAUAAACGUCCAAUAUCUAUGUUGGAUGAAGUGUGUGAUAUAUUGCCAGAUUUUCCUUCGAAGAUAAAAGAUGUGGUGGUUGAAAACAAAGGCCUAGAAAUAGAAGCCGAGUAUGAUACCGUAAUUUACUGGAAGCAGCGCACCAGGCAUUUUGAGGAAUUGUUGGAGGCUAGCAUCCAGAGGGAGCAGAUACUCAUGGAAAAGUUGCAGGAAAGCAUAAAGAAUUUGGAAAGGCAGUCCCCAACAGUUGAAGAAUUGUCCCAGAUUUUGAAAAGAGCUGAUCAUUUCCUGCAUUUUAUUCUUCAGACUGCGCCGGUUGUCAUAGGUCACCAGGAUAAAGAGUUGCGGUAUUGUUUCAUCUAUAACCCUUAUACGACUUUGCAUGAGGAGGUGAGGAAAAGGGAAAAGAUGGCAAAACUUCGUGAGGAAAUAGCAGUUCAAAAAGCAAGGGAGACAAAACUUAACAAGACCAUUCACACAACAGGUCUAUCUCUUCGCUCAGUUCUUGGUGGAUUCACUGGAUUGUAAAUGUUUCGUGAAUCAGCUUCAGAAAGCAAAGGAAAUGAUGAAGCAAGGGAAACCAAACCAGAAAACUAGUCCAAGUUGACAAUAAAGAAGAUAAUCAAAAGGGAUGACAAGAAGCUCAAAAUUAAUGUUUCUUUUCUAACUGCUAGGGUAAUUGGCGAUGUUUAGAUCCUGUCAAAACCACCAUUGUUUGCAAUUGAGUCUAUAAUCUGUAUUUUAGUCUUUAUAUUGUAGGCAUGGGUAGAUGUUUAGUCUCUGCCCACUUGAUUCAAGGGUCGAUUGAACUGUUCAAAGUCAUCGCUUAGCUGCUUGAACGUAUAUGACCUAUCCUGAGCACCUCUACUGUUUAGUUUUGCACUUUCGACUCACCCUUUAGGUCCUUUUUGUAUUUUUCGUGAAAAUUUGGCUAAGGCACCGCUGUUUUCCGGUGCCCAGUGUGCAGUAAGCGCUUCUUGGGUGUGUGAGCGAAGUGGUGCUUGCUAGGCACGUCAGGACAAGCGAUUAUACGCUCUCUUUUGUCCCGUAAAUUUGUAGAGGUGCGCUCUAUCUUUGCAUAUGCAUGCCUCGAGGUUUAUCAUCACAUUUUAUUCUAAUUCCGUACCCUACACUCUUCACCUUUCCCUCUAAGUCUUUGGCUGAUUACAUUGGAGCCAACGAGCCGUUAGAGAACUGAGGUCUAAGUUGAAAUCUUGUGCGCACUAUGGAUCAAGGAGCUUGGAGUGCUAGAAGAAGUUGCGGUGAACCUGUAAGUAUUGGUUGUAAUCAAGGAUUUGAAUCCUGUACCGGCCGGCACAUAGUGUUUCUGUGCAAAUCUGGUACUCUAGAACUGAAACUAUGUCUCAGCUCAAAUAGCUACAGUAUGGUAUCGGUCAAUAUCCAGACUAUUGUUUAAAUUUAAUUUUCUAUUAGAUAAAUAUAUAUGUUAUGUUCGAUGUCAAUAGCGAUUAAUCCAAAACGGU